CGGAGCCCCAUCACCUAUGAUGCGUACUGCUACCAGAGAACCUGUCCUAACUCCACGUGUUAUGCCGGCUAAAACUAAAAUUAUGUCUAUCUUGGAUAAGGCUAGAGUUGCUCUUGAAGAAAGUUAUAGCAAUGAUGAGCCAACAUAUAAUCGUGGACCUCAUUAUGGAGGCUUUAGGGAGUCACACUCCCCAAGCUUUAGAUACGACAAUUAUCUUCCUACAGAUUACUACGGGAAAAGUCCAAGUAGUUAUGGAGACUAUGAGCAAUGAGGCUGUACAAGUGGUUGUACGAUGCCGUCCUAUGAGUCAGAAGGAAGAACAAGCGGAGUGUCAGCCUAUUAUAAAAACUUAUCCAAGUAGAGGUGUAAUUGAAGUACAAAACCCCAAAGCUAGAAGUGAAAACGAAAAAACAAAAUUAUUUACUUUCGAUGCUGUAUAUGAUUGGCAUUCAACACAACAAGCUUUGUACGAUGAGACAGUACGACCUUUGGUAUCCUCUGUCUUGGAAGGUUACAAUGGUUGUGUGUUCGCAUAUGGUCAGACAGGAACUGGCAAAACUUUCACAAUGGAGGGUACAAAAGAGGCUGAAGACGGUCAGGGGGUUAUUCCUCGAGCUUUUCAACAAAUUUGGGCACACAUCAACAGGACUACUGGUGUAGAAUUUUUGGUGACGGUUCGCUAUUUGGAAAUUUAUAUGGAAGAAAUUAGAGAUUUACUGAAAACUAAACAUUCCAAACCACUUGAAUUACGAGAAGACAAUGGUCAAGGUGUCUACGUUACACAUUUACAUUCCCAAACUUGUAAAAGCGAAGCUGACAUGUACAAAGCAAUGAGAAUAGGAAAUCAUAAUAGGACGACGGGAGCCACCAAUAUGAAUGAGCACAGUUCAAGAUCCCACGCAAUUUUCCAAAUUGUUAUCGAAAUGGCAGAAGAACACUCCAAAAAGGUCAAAGUCGGUAAACUGAAUCUUAUUGAUUUAGCAGGAAGUGAAAGGCAGGCUAAAACAGGAGCAACUGGUGAUAGGUUAAGGGAAGCAACUAAAAUUAAUAAAGCAUUGUCAUCUUUAGGGAACGUUAUUUAUGCAUUGGCUGAAAAUUCGGCACAUAUACCCUAUAGAGACUCUAAGCUCACAAGACUGCUCCAAGAUUCACUCGGAGGAAAUAGUAAAACUAUCAUGAUCGCUAAUAUUGGUCCAGCUAGUAUGAAUUAUGAUGAAACAAUUAUUACGUUAAGAUAUUCUUAUCGAGCCAAAUCCAUAAAGAAUCAGCCCAUCAAAAACGAAGAUAUUAAAAAUACGAAGUUGUUGGAAUUACAACAAGAAAUCGAACGAUUAAAACAACUGAUCGAGGAGAAAAAUAGGGGAAUAGAACUUACAGGCCAAAUUGAGUAUGAGGUUAGCAGUGAAGAUGAAGACGAUAAUGAAAAAGAGGAGAAAGUGAAAAAACUGGAAUUGAGCAAGGUUGAAGUUAGCGAGUUGGCGAAACAGUUAAAAACAUUAGAGAAUCAGAUGGUGCAUGGGGGCAAUUUAGUGGAUAGUGUUAAAGAAAACGAGUCGAAAUUAGAGCAGCAAAGGUUGGAGAUAGCAGCAAGAAAGAAAAGAGAAAUAGAAAUUCAGCAAAAAAUAGAAGAGGAAGAAGAGAAUUGUCAUGAGUUGAAGCAAGUUUUUGCUAGCCUUCAACAGGAAGUGGAUUUCAAAAGGGACAAGUUGAAAAGGUUAUAUGCACGUUUGCAAUCGGUUAAGCAAGAAAUAAAGGAUUGCCAUGAAGAAUAUGUGAGAAGUAGGAAAGAUAUAGAAGAAUCCAAUGACCAGGCAUCAAUGCACCUCAGGAAAAGGUUCCUUAUUAUCGAUAAUUUUGUUCCAACUGAGGAAAGAACACGUUUGUUGAAUUUAGCUUAUUUUGAUGACAAUAAAGACAACUGGAUAUUGAAUAAGGAGCAAUACAAACUUGCCAGACCAAUAGCUCACAACUAUAGAAGACCUAUAUCUGACUAUGCGGUUCAGUAUUCGCAAAAUUCAUCCAAAUACAGGGGUGAAAACAUUUUAGAUUUGAACCUAGACAUGCCCCUUCGCACAACACGAGAGUAUACCUAUCCCGCAGUCUGUCCACAAAUAAAAGCCUUUGUAUCAAAUUUAUUAACACAAGAAAAUCAGAACAACCACAUAAAGUUACCAACGCACUCCAUGUCCGCAAAAAACGUAACCUCUAAACUUGAGAAGGAAGGAAAAUAUAAACAAGCAAUUAGGAAUAUUGUCGAAGUCCAUAACCAAAAGAGUCGCCAAAACUCAGCUAGGCCAGUAUUUUAAUCAAUUGCAAUAACUUCUCUGCCUUAAUUGGUUUACAGCAGCUUUUCCAGUGAAACUAUUGCUAGUCAUAUGCAUUUUAAUUUUAUUGUACCUUAUGUGUAAUAAUUUUUGCUAGUCAAAAAGAUUAUUAUGUAUUUAAAGAGAAGUAUUUAUUUUUUUUUACACAUUGAAUGUGAUAUUUUUUCAAAUUGUUGGCAGUAUUAUUUAUAAAUAAACAAGCUAGUUCCUGUUUCUUCA